AUGAGACCAGAAGGCCCAAGCCGGAAUGAGCCGACGAGAAGAUUAACACAACGGAUGCCACAGGAGAUUCAAGAGCCUAUUGCUGGUCAAGGUUUGUCAGGAACCCCUUUAUCGUGGAGAUUGAGGGCGGAGCCUAUUCCGAGUUGGUUCAAACAACCAACUGAUAUGAAAGCUUAUGAUGGAAGCUCCGAUCCGAAAGAGUUCGUAACAGUGUUUAGGGCAGCAAUGUCAUUAUGCGGAGAAUCAGAUUCUUUGUUAUGUCGGACAUUUCCAGUCUUUUUAAGGAAGCAGGCGUUGGAAUGGUAUACCGGUUUGCCAGUCAAUUCCAUUGACAGUUGGGCUGAUUUAUCUCUUCGUUUCAUACAGCAGUUUGCUCAUUGUGGACCUCAACCAAAAACCACACACAAUUUAUGUGGAGUGAGACAGAAACCAGGAGAAAAAGUGAGAGACUAUUAUGAACGGUUCCAAGCAGAAGCUAGACAAGUGAAAGGGUUUGAGAAUCAGACGUAUUUGUUGUUAUUUACCACCGGGUUACAACCUGGCGGGUUGGCGGAUUCUUUGGCUAAAAAAGGACCGACUACAAAGGAAGAGUUGAUGGAAAGGAUUCAGAAGUACAUCGAUUUGGAAGAGUUCAGAUCUUCUCAGAGAAAAAUUGAACAAGGGUUUAGGAGGCCAGACAAGCCCGCUGGGAGAGGACAGUUUGACGAAAGGCGACCUCGCGUAGUAGGGGAAAGAUUUAGAGAGGCGUAUAAGAGAGAUUUCACACCAUUGAAUACGUCCAGAGCCCAGAUCUUGAAGGAGGUAAUGACUACAGAAAUGCAGCAUGUUCCACGGCCUCCGCCGAUUCGGUCGAGUUAUGCACAAGCGGAUAAAACGAAAUGGUGUGAAUUUCAUCGGGGUUAUGGACAUUACACGAAUGAUUGUUUUAAUUUGCAGAAUGUUAUUGAAAGGUUGAUUCAAGAAGGGAAACUGCAAAAAUAUGUAAGAAGAGAAGGACGGGGGUGUAAGGAAGAUAAGCCCUUACGGCUAGACCGAAGUCGUAGCCCGUCUGGGGGAAGGAACAAGGAGCCUAACAGAAACCAAAAAGUUGCAAGACAACCAUCUCCGGAUAGAGUUCCAGUUGGGCAUAUUUUCACUAUAUCUGGGGGGGCGAGAAGGAGGAGGAGAAUCUGGGAAUGCCCGGAAAAAGCACUUGAAAAUGUGUAUGGCCAUUUCAGAGAAACCGCGUUUUAA